AUGGUGGAGCCGGCAGACGAGGCGCCGCUGCUGUUCUGGGCCGAGGGCCCCGCGGUCUCCCUGCCGCAGGCCGAGCCGGAGCGGGGCGGCUGGGCCUGGCCCCGGGGGCGGCGCGGCGCGGGGCGGCCCCGGGGAGCUGCCGCGGGGCCGGAGGCGGACCAGGACCAGGACCAGAUCGUGGCGGUGUUCGUGGUCACCUUCGAUCCCCGCUCUGGUAACAUGGUGGAAUGGUGUUUGCCCCAAGACAUUGACUUAGAAGGUGUUGAGUUCAAAUCCAUGGCAAGUGGGUCGCACAAAGUCCAGUCGGAUUUCAUUUAUUUCCGGAAAGGGCUCUGCUUCGGCCUGGCCUGCUUUGAAAACAUGCCUGUGGAGAGUGAAUUAGAGCGUGGCGCCCGCAUGAAGUCUGUGGGGAUUCUCUCCCCUUCGUACACCCUGCUCUAUAGAUACAUGCACUUCCUGGAGAACCAGGUUCGACACCAGCUGGAGAUGCCAGGGCAUUACUCCCACCUAGAGGCAUUUUAUGAUGACAAGAAGGGGGUUCUCCCUGCUGGCAAGGGUACCUCCAGCUCUCAGCCACCCGUCCACUGGCUGCCCUCCAUCCACAGAUACAUGUAUCCAGAGAUGAAGAUCACACACCCCGCAGGCUGUAUGUCUCAGUUCAUUAAGUUCUUUGGAGAGCAGAUCUUCAUCCUCUGGAAGUUCGCUCUGCUACGCAAGCGCAUUUUGAUAUUUUCACCACCGCCAGUAGGAGUUGUCUGCUAUAGAGUGUAUUGCUGUUGCUGCCUAGCCAAUGUCUCACUGCCUGGCAUUGGGGGGACCGUUCCAGAGUCCAAGCCUUUCUUCUAUGUGAAUGUGGCAGACAUAGAAAUGCUGGAGACUGAAGUGUCUUAUGUGGCCUGUACGACAGAAAAGAUCUUUGAGGAGAAGCGAGAUCUCUACGACGUCUAUGUGGAUAACCAGAAUGUGAAGACGCACCACGAGCACCUGCAGCCACUCCUGAAGAUUAACAGUGCCGACAAGGAAAAAUAUCGGCGGCUCAAUGACCAGAGGCAGAUGUUGAUGUACUCUCAGGAGGUGGAGGAGGACUGCAGCUCCUGUGAAGAGGACCUCUUUAUCUUGUUUUUCAUGGAGCAGAACAAUCGGAUAUUUCAGACACUGAUGGAGGUGUCAGCCAGCCAGGACAAGACCUUGACAGCUGACCAUGCCCGGGGCAUGGGCUUGGACCCACAAGGUGACCGAAGUUUCCUAAUGGACCUGCUGGAAGUGUAUGGCAUUGAUGUCAUGCUAGUCAUUGAUAACCCCUGCUGCACUUAAACUGAGGACAGGAGAGACAGGGAGCAGCGAUGGCUUUUUAAAGACUAUGGAACGUUGCUUAGGAGCAUCACUGGAACUCACCACACCGUCACUGGAAGGAUCUCAUUUAUUUAAUAACUUUAUACAGAAAAGUAUUUAUAAUUUUAAACACAAUGUGAUUUUAUUUUCCUUUCUUCAGGAUUGACUGCUCAAGGUUUUGGUUUGGUUUUUUCCUGAUAUCCAUAGGAGCAAUGGCACCUUUUCACCAGCCCUCACAGUUGACAUUGGCAACUGCUUUCGGCCUAGUCUGGACUUUUGAGGGGCUGGAGAUUUCAGGGAAAGCACCUUCUCUCAUGGGGACCAAUGUGAAAUCAUGCAUAUUUGAACCUUCAGGAGUUGACUGUGGAGAAUGUCCCCUCCCAGUGCUCCCCAGUCUCUUCAACGUCCUCCACCCUACCAUGUCUCUCACUGGGGACAGUUAAUUAUGCAGGUUAGACUCUGUACACUCCAGUCGCCCAUCCUUUCAGCAGUUGAGUUGGAGUCCAACCACCAUUCCCAUCUAUAGCAGAAGAAAACGGUUAAGACUAGACGUGCGACAGGAUCACGUGAUCACUUUGCAUUAUGGGAUGGUAGAAGGUGUUACAUUCUCAUUUCCAGCAUUUGAAAGGCGGAGUGAUCUAGACCCUCCCCUCCCCAUUUCAUGCCUGGUGCGCAGGAGAAUGGAGAAGCUCUUCACCUCCUGGUGUCUCCUAACUCCUCCAUUAUUUAUUAUUUGCAUGGAUCCUGCUUCGAUUAAAGAUUUUAAAACAGCAGGAUAGUGUCCAGGUAGCCCCUACUGAGCAGUGACCAAUAUCACAAGGGCACCCUGCAGUUGCUGUGCUUUGCAGUCUCUUCUCAGGGCAGGGGUGAGCACUGUUGAUAGAGCUGUGUGGGAAAUGCUUGGCUCUGACUCAUCAUCAGCCCUUCCAUCCUUGCUAACUUCACCAACAGAACGGGAAGAAUCUUUCUGCAGGGUCUGCUGCUUACUCCGGCUUCCUGUCUUGUUCUCCCAGUGCCAUGAGUUUGUAUCAGUUUGUGCUUUGCCCUGGCUACCAGCUAACCAGUCAUUGUUCUGCUUGAGCAUUCAGUUAAGUGGAUCAUGAUUUUGUCCGGCAGCUGUCAAUGGGACAGCCCACUUAUUUUUCAGUGAGAGGUACAGGAGGUUGUAGCCUGGCCUUACUAUUUGCAGUGAGUUCCCUUGUGGCUUGGAGUUCUCUUCUGGCUCAGCUGCCAGAGGUGGAAGUGAGAUGUGUGUGUGUGUGUGUUAGGGAGGAGAGACAAAGUGACAGAUUUUUCUUCCUGCCCAUUAGCUCUGCUUCUCCUCAGCAUAGAGAUUUCUCAUUCCUCAGCAAUGGGUGUGGGCCAGUGACCACUGGCUGGACAAUAGGCCCCUUGCUUGUUCCUGUGAAAGGCUGGCUGUGUUCAGGAUGCCUUCCUCCCCUUGCAACACUUGAAUGGAUGAUGCUAAGUCCUAGGAGUAACUAGCUGCCUUGCAGCACCUGAUGUUCUUACUGGCCUUCAUUCAGCAAGGCAGUACCACUGACUACUCGGUCCUGGUGACUUCCGUAGGUUUACUCACAUGCUUGAACUUAGGCAUAUGCUUAAGUACCUUAUUUGAACUGAGACCAUAAUAAUCUAGCUGCCCUUUCCCCUAGACUUAUUUCAGCAUCUUGGCUCUCUUGUAAGCCAUAAUCCAGCAUUUCAUGUUCUAGCCCUGUAACUACUAUGGAAGUGUUCCUUGCCAUAAGCAGAAUGGACACUCCAGUCCUUCUUUCUUCUGGAUUUUGCUGCUGGAUAGGGUUCAGCCUGACCACCCUACACUCCCCUCAGUUCCUUGUUUUAACCCAUGUAUUUAUUUAAACACACCUCCCCCUCAAAGAAUCUCCUGCACUGCAUCACUGAUUUAGCAUCUGUGCCUUUUGAGGUGCUUAGAGGCAGGCACAUUCCAUCUCUCCAUGGGGUUUAUCUCCAGCAGACAUCUCAGUUGUUUACUUGAGAUUCAAGGUCUUUCCUAACCCGAGGGAGCAGAGAGUUGAGGUUGAGGGAAGGGAAAGGAGGGAAACAACCUGGCACAGGCAAAUCAAGGCCCUCCUAGUGCUAUUUUAACUAGUGUAAUAUGUAGCAUGUUACAGCCUCCCAAGUGCUGGGUCAGCAAAGUGGAGUCUUUUUUUCCCUCUGCUUCUCCUGGACUCUGACUGCUUUCCUACAGGAGAAAAACAUGCUGCUACUUUUGUGGUCUAUCCUCUGAGGUUGUAUUGCAUGAAUUCUCCCUACAAGAGUAGUGUUUGACAGACUGAAGAACUUGAACAGAGCUGGUUGCAAUUAAAAGGUCACUUCUGAGGAAGGCUCUCUUGAUUUUUGUUUUGCUUUUGUUUUGACCUCUUUUCAAGCUGAAUUGCCCAAUACAGUCCACAUUUGACUCUGCCCUCAGUUGGUGCCCUCCCACCUCAUUUCUGUUGGGUUCUAUCUCACUAGCCAUCCCCACCCAAGAAGAUUCUCUCUGGAAGGAGGAGGUACGGCAGGCAUGCAUUACUGCGGUUUGAGUAACCUAUGUUAGGAAUAAACAAAGGCAUUGAAAUGUCAAUCACCUAGCUCCUUUUUGCUAUGGCUUGACUAGGAGUUUUGCGCUGAUCAGCUUUUGGGGGCCCUCUCCUGCUCCCACUGAAGUUGGUAGUUCUGUUCAUUUGAGUAGGAGCAGGCAUUUAGUUUGUAUCCUUGGGAGGUUACUGCCCUCUGCAACCUAAAUCUUUCUAACAUGUUUCUGAGCUGUAGCAGAGCUGUGUGUGUUCAUGCGUUGUCAGAAAACCAGCUCCAUCAGAGGGCAUUGCCAGAAGAGGAUAAAGGAGGAGCAGCAAAGCGAUGGCAUAGCUAGGGUAAAAGAAUCAGCUGACUUGCAUCCCGGCCGGAUAGCUAUAGUCUGUCUGCUCUCCUGUGUAAUCUGGUUUCCAUAAGCCUUUCUUGAAAGGCAGCUGCUUCAGGAGGUGAGAAGUAUCCAAACAAGAAGGGCCUCCUUGUUGCUCUAUUGGAGGGAAUUUGCUGCCUAAAUAUGAGGCAGUGCUGUGACUCACCUGCUUUGGCUGUCUGAAGUAAUUGCUCCUCAUGCCUGGCUUCUUGGUAGUGAAAGCAGUGGUAGUUCGGCAACCUUAGGGUAGAUGUGUGCAACCCAACAGUGUGGUAUAGAGGGAUUGGUUAAGAAUUGCUAAGGAAGCAGUUAGUGGUUUCUGCCUUUGAAGACAAAGCAUUAUUGCACAUAUUUCCUCCUAGUAUUACAGGCAACAUGAAUCUGAAUUCUUCCCCUCUUCCUUCAAAAGUCAACUGUUGAGAAUUAUUGCAACCCUGUGUAGUGCUUUGCUGUUCUGGGUGUUUUUUUAAACCCCAUGCAGCUACACGGUCUUGGUAAAGGAGUGCGUUUUGGGGUGGGGGAAGAGGAGAAUGUGUUUAACAGUAAAGCUGAUUUGUUUGUGUUUGUUUGUUUUUUGAUUAAAAGGAGGGCAAGAUGUGACACUGUCUUUUUGUCAUUGGGAGCUAGUGGAAAAUCCUUCUGCAGAAAUGUUGAAAGUACUUUGCCUUUAAAGUGGUGCCUUUAGGUUUUUUUUAAUGUGACUAUGGCAUCCCAUCUGAUCCCCUCAUAACAGCCAUGUGACAAAGUUGUAAUGUCUCAGAUCGGAGUCUUUCUAACCUCACACUAACUUCUGUGUUUAAAGGAGAGAGCAACAGCCUUUCCAUCAGACGCUACAGUGGCAUUCUCACCAUUGAUUUGAAAUGGGUCUGUAUGUAAGAACCUAGUUCUUCCCCGCAGGGGGAGAGAGAGAAGGGAAAGUGGAAGCUGGUUAAACUUCCAAGAGUUCUCUGAACUUUGUAUUAGUCA